CCACAUGGUUACCAAUUCAACUGCAAAACCAGCUCUGGAACAGUUGUUAAUCAGACAUUAGGUUUGACUUUUAAAGUAAUGUGAGCUUCUUGCUUGCUUGUGCAAUAUGGGUGGAAAAGUGUUUAAAUUAACCUGGGACAAAUACAAUUCAGCUGUCUAUGUAGUAAGGUGGUCUAAUGGGUAUGGGUCUAUGGUGCAGGCUACAAUGAUAUAGGGCCUAAAGUGUCGUUAACAAUAGUAGGCCUAAAUCUGAUGAAUUUCAAACAUAUUCAGAUUGAUAGCCACAUGCUUAAUCUACAGAUCAACUUCAACCAUCAUGUGAACACUAUUUAGGUGGAGAUUUUAAAUGCUUCAUUAUUAACAUCCAUAACACACGCGGUGCCGCAUGCGGCUAGAAAUGCGACCAAUCGUGCGUGAGUGAUUUGCGGACAAUACGUGUUUUGAUAGCCCUUUCUCUUGCAGUCAAGAGUUAUUUGCAGUCAAUGGGCGAGUUCACAUGUUAGUCCAUUCCAUUGGUCCUUAAGUGAAAUCACCACUCACCCGGGGCCAUGCAAAACGAACUGGCCCAUUGAGUAAAAGUUCAAUUGUAGCUGUUGAAGUUGAAAAAUUGUACUGUUUCCGGAAAACCCCACCCCAACUGAAUCUCACCCUCAAUGAAGUAGGGUUACCACAGCGGCAAAGUCCAAAUUGGCUAUAUCGUAAAAACCCUACAAUUGUGCUUUUUGGUCUUAAUUUAAGGUUACGGUUAGGCAUAAGGUUAGCAGUGUGGUUAGGGUUAGGUUUUAAAUAAUAUUUUAAGAAGAUAAUUUGUAGAAACAGGCGGGGUUAUGACUUUGUGGCUGUGAUAACUAGUGACGACCAUGAAGUAGACGAAGCCCAGUAGUAGCAGUUGCCUGUGUUUCGUGGACCACGGUAAACUGUAGUCUAGACUAUUUACACUGUAUUUGAUUUAUUUAUACAUAUCAAAAUGUCUCAUACUGUUGUUACGACCACCACCACGACGACAUCGUCUUCAGGCGGAGGUUUCUUAAACUUGGGCUAUACUCGCUCUGGACAAGGAUUACUGAAAAUCGCCCAAUUGGUAGCCCUCCUGAUUGCGUUCCUGUGUGUAUACUGUGCACGAGGUUGGACUGAUUACUCAGCCUUUCGGUACUUUGAGGUGGUGACGCUAUGGUUCCUCAUAGCCUUCCUCAUCUUCUACCUCAUGUAUGUGUUCAGACUGCAGAGUAAGAUCCCCUGUAUCAACUGGACAAUGACGGAGUUCCUGCAUUAUGGCGUUGGGACCAUCCUGGUCUUCAUUGCCUCUGUUGUUGCAGCUGUUAAGAAUGGAGGUGUGUCUGAACUAGUAGCUGGUUCGGUAUUUGGCUUCAUCGCCACAUUCCUACUGGCUGUCAGCAUAUGGACAUCCUAUAAGGUCACAUGUGGUUCCCAGCCAACCAGUGCUUCUGUGUAAAACGGAUCUAUCAUUUCUUCCCCUGAAGUACCAAGAUGACUCCAUUGUCAGUGUGCUGUGCGACAGUCACUUCUUACCCUAACAACUGGCCCAGGGCCCUUUUAACAAAUGUUGAACAAUCAAAACUUCAGUUUAGCCUGAGACUGGUUUCACUUCAGGAUAGUUACAAGUUAGCCAGUUAACUUUGCUAAACACUCUAUUUUGUACAGUUUACAAUAAAGCUUAAAGUAAUUUCUCCUUCUUUGAGAUACACCAUCCUGACGACCGGUCAGUUGUUAGGGGUAAGAAGUCACCUGUGUGUGCUGUGAAUAGCAAGCAGCUGUUGUUUCAGAUAAGUGCCUCCAAAGUGUUUAAACUAAGGGCUAGGCUGAGACCCAGGCCAAACCAUCCCUCCAUCUUGAAUGGUCGGUAUUUGAAUGUUUUGAAAUCAAAAGAGGUCAUAUGCUGUUUUUCAGUGUUGCCCUGAAGCUUUUUAGAGUUAGAUAUGUCAAUGCCACCCUGUUUACAUUAUUUAUUUGAGAGCAAAUGUUUUAUGAUGAUAAAGUUUUGUGCUUUUAUGUUCAAGCUUACUACUGUAUGUCUGUCACAGUAUUAUAGGCUGCUUAUGAGAAUAAUAUAAUCAUAAAAAGGUCAACCUUUAUACAGCCUCACAGUAUCACUUGUAUUUAAACAUCUCUUCUUUAUUUGAUGCGUUUCAGUUUGUAUAUGGGUUUAUAUUUGAAACGUGCUUUUGUUUGACUGAAGUAAAAGGUAAACUCAACAGCA